AUGCCGGCCGGAGUGACUUGGGGCCAGUACAUUGCCUUUUCAUCGGCGGCUAUGCUGUCUAUGCUAGCAGGAUCGCAGAUUGUACAUCAGUACUACAAACCAUUACAGGAUUUAAAUGAAUACAUUAACAAGGAGCUCAGAAGCCUACCGGAUAACGUUCAAGUUAAAAUUAGACAAGAAUUGCAGGAUGAAGGUAUAUUAAAUUAGGACUUAUAUUAUUUAUUAUGUGUAAGUAAAUAAAAUUGUUACUCACAAUAGAA